UUUGUUCUCACGGGCUUCUGUUGUCUGCAGGUAUUUUUUGGGAGCGGGCGCGGGGAAGACGGCACUCCGGCGCACGACCCAGCUGUGACAGGACGUCAGACUCGGAGCUCUCCCAUCGCACAAACCAGAAGCAGCGAUGACGUCCAAGAUGGUAAUCAGGCAGCCUCAGCCUACGAUGAUUAUUCAAGACUCUGAUGAGUGGGGGUCCGAUAUAUGUGACUGCACUCAAGAUGUGCCAGAGUGUUGUUUCGCCUUCUGGUGCCUUCCCUGCUUCGCCUGUUCGAUCAGCAAGAAAUACGGGCAGUGCCUCUGUCUCCCCCUGCUGGACUACUUUGGCGGCAUCAUCUCUCCCGUCACCAUGUCCAUGAGGGUCUCCAUGCGGGAGCGCUACGGCAUCAAGGACACCAUGUGCAAGGACUGCGUGUACUCCACCUUCUGUGUUCCCUGCAGCUGGUGUCAGAUGUCCAGAGAGAUGAAGAGAAGAAAAAUCCCCAUUGUGCUGAUCAGCUCAAAGGCCACAUAGCCUGUCUCCUGUCGGCACAUCGCAACCAGGGCUGCCGCUUAAUCGAAUACACUGCCACCUGCUUUGACUGUAACUUUUCAUAACUCUGGACUGAAGACCUUUGGGGGAGAAUAAUGGUCAACCAAAGCUAAAAGAGAGUGAACAAUACAUGUGCCAAAAUGUGUUGACAGUAACUAUCUGAUGGUUAUCCUAAAUACCUCCCAGCAUCUGCUAUUACGUCCUUCCCUUGUCUUUCCAACUGAGAAUAAAACUGUUACUUUUAGGAAAAGCGUUUAUUGAUUAGCAGCUGUUUUGUAGUCAGCAAGUUCUGAAAGGUACAUUUGUUAAUUGAAAUGUAUGAAAUUAAAAUAAACCCAUAUAACCGUUCACGUCUAGUACUGAUGUAAUGCCU